AUGGAUUCAUUCCUCACAUUUGGUCUUUGUGACCAAGCACUGGACUUCACGGUGGAAUGUGAGUUCCCCGAUCAAUCCAGCAAGCAGUAUCAAUUCCAAGCCAGGCAUACAGUUGAUAAGAUAAGGACAUGUAUAUUACAGGAUUGUCCAGUAGAGUAUAAUAGACAGGACUAUGCACUGUCCAUUGAUAAUGAGGAGUUGUCAGUGGAUUUCAGUAGAUUCAUCGUGUCCAAUCCAAAGAUCACACAGACAUUGGAGAUGGAACCAAUGGUCAGGAUCAAACUGGCGCCCAAGUCACUGUUAAUCAAUCCAUUCGUUCAAAGAGAGAAAAUCUUUGUAGGAAGUGAGAAUAGGACAUCAAUGUCCAACCUGAAAAAUACAUUGGAGAACUCGCCAGUCGUGUCUAGAUUGGCGGGUGGAGGCAGGAGUCUAUCACCAACAUCAGAUUAUAUUGCGAUCCAACAACAACAGCAGACUACAUCUCCAACGAACAAGCCAUUGAAGAAGAGCCCAUCGAUGGUGCCUCUGCCGGGCACGACACCAAAGAAGAUGCUGCCCAUCAGUGUCUCGCCGCCAAUCUCACCAGAGUCGUCAAAGGAUGUGACGUCGCCGGGCAAGAGCAACGGCGAUGGCGAAGAGCAAAAGUAUUCGCCACUGUCCUCACUCAAGAACCUGACGAUCAGCUCGGUGCCACGCAUCAAGUCGUUCAUCGUGCACUCGCUGGACAAGCGCAAGACGCUCAACCCCAAGGCACACAGCAGCAGUGACGACCUGCGCACGCCGUCGCACCUGGCGUCGCAUUCGCGGUCCCGGACGCACGAGAAUCUGCACGCCAACAUGUCGCUGUCGGCACCCAGCACGCCGCCCGAGUCGGUGACGCCCCCCGGUGGCGAGGUGCAUCCACACCUCCAGCUCCAGCUGCAGGAGGCGGCCAUCGAGCAGCAGGUCAAGGACUACACGCUGGUGGACAACAUGCGCGGCUUUGUCGUGGAGCCCUAUCGAUCGCUGACAGAGUUUGACUUCACGCUGGACCCGCUGAUCACCAGUGAGAGCUGGUACACCAAUCACUUUGCAUCGACCGAGCAUCAGAACUUUGUCGGAGAGGACGAUAAGAAUGGACCCUACAUCAUAUCCGUUCUCAAGACAUCCUCUGGCGAUGAUGCUGGCAAUGGUGGUGUCUUCAACAAGAAUGCUGGAUCCUACAAGAUAUUACUGAGGACAAAGUCUGAUGAUAUCUUCACAACAGUUAACCCAAAGGCCAGCUUCUUGAUGUCAUCGAACAAGAUACCUAUUAAGGAGAUUGUGAUGAAUGUAUCGCCAGACUUAUCAACAAAGAACAUCAGACAGGUCAAGAACACAGACAUACAGAAGGACCUCACCAACUUUGAAGUGAGACAGCGUAUCAAGUCUUUCAAGUUUGGUGUACUCUAUUGUGCACCCAAUCAAUCAAUGGAGGAAGAAAUGUUCUCCAAUGAGCAUGGUAGUGAAGACUUUAACGAAUUCCUUACAUUCCUUGGCAAACGUAUUAAGCUGGAGGGAUGGACUAAUUAUAGAGGUGGACUGGAUGUGAAGAAUAAUACGACAGGCGCAGAGAGUGUCUAUGAGAAUUAUCAGGGAUUCGAGAUCAUGUAUCAUAUUGCACCGAUGUUGCCAUAUAGCACCGUGGACAACCAACAGGUGGAGAAGAAGCGUCACAUUGGCAAUGACAUUGUUGUACUAAUAUUCAAAGAGGGCGACCGACCAUUCAAUCCAAACAUCAUGCAAUCAGAUUUCAACCAUGUAUUUAUUGUUGUGGCAGUGGACUAUGAGAAUAUGACUAUUGGUGGACCCAAACGAUAUAAGCUGUCAGUGGUCUACAAGGAGGGAGUGAGUGCCAGUCAACCUGCACUACCAUAUCCAUGUUCAUUCGAAGCCAACCAAGAGUUUAUAGAUUAUUUAUUAUGUAAAUUGAUCAAUUCUGAAUGCGCGUCAUAUGAUGCACCAAGCUUUAGGAUUAAGAUACAGAGAACAAGGACAGCACUGCUAAAGGAUAUCAUUGGAACUUAUGGCAAAGAGUAA